UUGGAUUAAUUCUCUUGUUUUCAAUCUGUUCGCCUAUAACGACAUAAGCACUCCGGCGCAAUCUACUGUGUAUCCCUUUGUUAUCUUUUUGCAACAGACAUCUUUGUCUUACUUCUUCCAGAACUAUUGAGCAUAAGGCAUCCCUCACAUCCUGUGACAAGAUAGAGUCCCUCGAUACAACAUGGCCUCGACCUAUGAUCUUGUGAAUUAUGACUCUGACGAGGAGAGAGAGAAGUAUCCCCGAAUCCCCGGCUCCAAUCUCGCUUCUGCUGCUUUCUUUAUGGCUGGGCUGUUGGAUGGAGCUGGGAUUCCUUAUGGGCUGAUGGGUGGUCUUGCGGUCUCAUACUUGGGAGGUAAACGUGAGACCAGAGACGUUGAUAUGGCCUUUCAAGCACCUGGAAAGAUGCGAGACUUGUGGAGAAUUGUGGAGGCCGAACCGCGUUUGAUCAUUCCGAACACCAGAUUGAUCAGUAAUAUUUUGAAGGUAUUCGUCCGCACUGGCCCGGGUUACGACAACUGCGUGAUGGCAUUGCCUGUAGAGGUUGACCUUAUCGAAAGUGCCCACGGGAGCUUUCUGAGAACAGAAGACAAGUUUCGCUCAAUACUAGAGCUGGAGUGCGGACGAUUUACGUAA